AGCGCGCUCAACCAAAACCCUAAAAGACUCCCAGAAACCAUCACCGGAGAAUCUGACGGCGGCUUAUCACCGGCAGCUACUGCAAAAGGAUUGUUUACUUCUUGAGGGUAAUAACUUACCUUGUAAGAAGAAUAACGUCUUUUUUUGCGGUAGCUAAAAGUUAAGCUCCAUCGGGUUUAUCUAUAUUAUAUUAUCAAAUAUAUUUGAUAUCUAAAUAAGAAAAAAUGGCCGCUCGUUCACUCUCUGGCGCCGUCAAAUCUCUUUGCUCCGCCGCAUCCGGCAAUCUCUCUGGUUCCAUUGUCUUAAGGAGGAGUUACGCUUCGACUACAGCACCAGGAUUCAGUAAGGGAUGUUCCACCAGAGUUACGGUGGGGAAGGUCGAACAAAGAGCAAAUCAAGAAGCAGAGUCUGCGUCUGCGUGGGGCCCAGAUCCAGUCACGGGAUACUACAGACCCCUGAAUCGUACGGAUGAGAUUGACCCAGUGGAGCUCAGAGAGAUGCUUUUGAAAAACAAAGCCAAGUCUUUCUGAGGAUUUGGUUCGGUUCGGUUCGACCGGAGGCUGUUGUAGGCGAUUAUUAUGAUUCCGCUUGUUUAUUUUUGUCUUUAUAUAUCUCUGUAUGUUGGAGAUUUAAGUACAAAUAAAAGAUAAAUAUAAAACAGUUAAAAGAGUAUAAUUUGUUUACAGAUUAAGAUGAGAUCCUAGAGUAAUUACAAAAGAGCAUAUUAGGUAUUUGAGUACUUGACUAGCAUAA